CAGUUUAUCCGCUAGGGCCAGGACAAGCAAAACAAGGAUAGCACAUGCGAAACCAGUCUUCUUUAUCUAUGCUGCCGAGGUUGCCAGAAAAAAAAAUGAAAGCCGUUCAGCAGUGAGUAGAGGCUUCGUAAAUGAACCCAGCCAGCUAGCAGCUGUUUUUUGUGUUUAUUCUUCUGUUGGUGUUGUGUAUUAGUCGCUUUAGUGUUGGUGACAGUCUCCUAAAAACAAUAAUGUUACUGGUACUCUCUCUGUAAUUGUGCGUGUUCCAAUUUACCAUAGAGCUUUAUAUCUAUUUGGUGCCAGGUAAUGUCCCAAUAUGUGGAAUUACGUGCCUGACAAAACCAUCGGAGUGGCUAUUAGCCAAUUAGAGGGAUCGUCUGUUCCUCACGGCCUGACCUUGCAGCUGGGCGACCUGGUGGAAAUCACGCAGAUAUGCGAAGAUUGGUACCUGGGCGUGAAUCUGCGCACUCCCGGCCUGAAGGGAAUUUUCCCAUGUUCGUACGUUCAAGUGCGACCUACAUCCGACCAAGAAAGGUGUUGGCAUUACGACGAUCCAGUUGUCGAGGAAGCCACUAACGUGUUGCGAGAAUGGGGCGUCAUUUGGAACCGAUCCUUCGUGAGACGUCAGCGAGAGCAAUGCACGAUGCUCCGAUCGGCCAUUUUAGACCUGAUGGACUGGCGUCUUCAGCUCAUGACCGGCACCUUCACCUUGGAUCAUCUGCGCGAUUUGCGGAUGCGCAUCACCUCUCACAUCGACUCUGGCAACAAGAAACUUGGGUUGGAUUUAGUGCCGAGAAUCGAUGACCGUAUCGUCGGGCCGGACACUCUCGGAGUGUAUCAACUCUACAACGUCCAUGUGGCCAGCGCCGAAAAAAACCGCAACACCACGUGGAACGCCACUCUGCCGGCCAGAGGUGGCAAGAAUCCGGAAGUGCGUCCAGCGACCCAUCACUUGUACCUGUCGAUGCGUCACUUUGGAUGCUCGCUGGGCGAAGACGCCGAGGUGAACUUCGCCCUCUACGACAUGCAGCAUUCGCGUUACGUGAGUGAAAAGUUUCUAGUCAAAGUUCUCAAAGAGGGUUUCUCCAGCUACAUCGGCAAAGCCAAUCACAGCGCUACGCUCUUCACGGAACUGGGAAACGCCGAUUUGAAAAAGGAUCUUUAUUUGGUCGUCCAAGUCAUCCGACUUGGCCGGCUACUCUACACCGAGUCGUCCAAGAAGCCGCUCAGUCAGACGUACCGGCGCCCGCACGCCGUCGCCGUCUUGCCUUUGGCCGAGUUGCUGGCCGACGCCGGCGGAUUAGGCACCCUGGAAGAAGAGGAAGAAAGAGAAUUUCCUCUGAAAUUGUACCAGAGCGACGAGAAAGACUACGGACUCUGGCAGCACGAAUUGGUGGCCAAGAAAUCCACCAGUAAAUUCAGUCUCCUCUCCGGACAGAUUUCUCAAGGUGUGGUGGUUUCGCUGAGGCUGUUGCGUGGCGAAUUGGCCGCCUUGCGUCACGAAUACAUUCACCUUCUGAAGAACGUCCCACUGACUCAAAAGCUGGGCUUUCCCGAUGUUAUCAUGCCCGGUGACGUCAGGAACGAUUUGUACUUUGUAAUCGAACGCGGCGAUUUCGAGCGCGGUGGCAAAUCGUCGAGUAAAAACGUCGAGGUGACCGUCCUGGUCCUGGACGAAUUCGGCCGACCCAUCCAGAAUUGUUUGUACGGAGCCUCCAAUGUUGACGGUGUGACGCAACACCAAUCUGUCGUCCUCUACCACAUGAACAGCCCAGUGUGGUACGAGAUGAUCAAAGUUUCAUUGCCCAUCGAAAAGUAUUACGGCGCCCAUUUGCGACUAGAGUACCGGCACUGCAGCACCAAAGAUAAAACGGAGAAGCGGCUCAUCGGUUUCUCCUUCAUCCCGUUGAUGGACCGUGACGGAACGGUUUUGCCCGACGGCCAGCACCAACUGCUGGUCUACAAAGUGGAGGAUCAGACCCGUUUCAAGGAUCCCUCCGUCUCCUAUCUCCAGUUGCCCUACUCGACGAAACAGAUCCAGUCGGCCCUGGCCGUUCAGUCGACUUCUUCCAUCGGCUCGUCGUCACCGUCCUGCGCCUCGUUCCAUCGAAACAGUCGCGAGUCGGUCACGGUGGCUUUUUACCUGUGCUCCACCAAACUCACUCAAAAUGCCAAUUUGUUGUCGUUGCUCAAGUGGAAAUCUCAUCCGGAACGGAUCACGGACACACUCAACCUGGUCAUGCGUCUCAGAGGGGAGGAGCUAGUCAAGUUUCUCCAGGACGUGCUCGACUCGCUUUUCGUCAUGUUCUCCGAUACGGAAGGCAACGCCACGCCCCAUUCUGGCCUGGUCUUUGAAGUCCUGGUCAAUAUUCUGAGUCUGCUGGAUGACAGUAAAUUCCAGCACUUUAAAUCGGUGGUCGACGCCUACAUUACCGACCAUUUCUCAGCGGCUUUGGCUUACAAGGGACUCCUGAGUUGCGUCCAGCAGUGCACCGACCGGGUUCACUCGAGCAGCGAUUGUAAGUUCGAGCCGAUCCAGCAAUGCUUCCGGGCCUUUGAAAUUCUCUUCAAACUGGUGAUCCAGUCGCGGCGGCUCUACGCCAGGGCCAUCCUGGAAAACCAGGAGGACGACGAUUUCCGCCAAUAUGUCCAGUCACUUUUCGCCACUUUCAACAAGGUCGCCUCGCUCAACAGCGACGUCCUCGUCAGCACUCAGGUUGUGCUGCUGCGCAAUAUUUACACGGUGGUGGAACAGCUGAGCCAAAUCCUGAGCCAAGCGGAAUCCUCCAAACUCUUGGCGUCGUUGAUCGACAGUCUGCCCAAAGAGCCGCAUCCGCUGAUCGCCACGGCCCGGAUGCAGCUCGUCUUGACCACCGUCCGUGGUCCGCUGUUCACGGAAUCGUCGGCCGCUCGGGCCAUUCUGCUGGCCACCAUCUGCCGCCAGCUUCGGCUCCACCUGUCGCAGCCGCUGGUCAUGUCCCUGUGCACGGAAACCCUGGGCCACAUGAUGAAUUUCUACCGCAAGAUGAGCAUGAUGGACGACACGACGGUGGACAACAUUUGGUAUCGCGACGUCGAGACCAUCACCUUAGCGACGCUGGGCGUCCUCAUCCAGGCCGUCCAAUCGGCCCAGAAAACCGAUUCCAAUGUGGGCCCUCUGGUGGCCUGCUUGCUGAGCGUACUGGAACUGCUGGAUCAGGGCCACUACGACCGACUCUGGUCGGAAUUGUCGGAACGCAAACCGCUCAAGGAUUUCCUGCUGCAACUGUUCGCCGUGCUGAAGGCGCUGGCCCGCCAAGGCGAGCACGUCUUCCCGUCCGAGUGGUCCACCAUGCACUGCGUUGUCAACCGGGUCAUGCUGGCAUCUCUGGAUCAAAUGACCCAACCGCUUGUGGCCUAUUUCCUCGACUCCGGCUGGUUCGACAGUCAGCUGUGGAGCAAUUACUUUGAUCUGGCCGUCUCUUUUUUGACGCAACCCAGUUUGCAGCUGGAAAAGCGCACCGCCAGUCAGCGACUGAAGAUGGUCCGCGCCCAGGGAGGCGAUAUGCGGGUUCAAAUGGGCUUCCAAAUUCUGACUAUGUGGAAUGCCAUCGGUGAUUACAAGAUUCAUUUCAUACCGACGAUGGUCGGGCCGUUUCUGCAAGUGACACUAGUUCCAGAACCAACUCUGCGCCGGGCCACGCUGCCCAUCUUUUUCGACAUGCUCGACUGCGAACAUCGACACAGGGGAAACUUCAAACAGGUUGAAUCGGAACUGAUUGACAAGUUGGACGUCCUGGUGGGCGAGAAUAAAGGAGACGACAAUUACAAGGAACUCUUCAACACCAUGGAAAUGUUGAGCUCAAUAUUGUUGGAGAAGGUGAAAUCGUGCGACGUGACGUGGCAGAAACACGGCAAGGCUUUCAUAGGUUCCAUUACGCGACUCUUGGAGCGGCUGCUGGACUACCGCAACGUCAUGGAAGGCGAAGAGAAUCGUGACAAACGAAUGAGCUGCACCUUCAAUUUGCUGAAUUUCUACAAAGACGAGGUGGACCGCCGUGACAUGUACCUGCGCUACAUCUACAAAUUGCACGAUCUCCACUUAUCGGCCGACAACUACACCGAAGCAGCUCUAACAUUACAAUUGCACGCCAACCAAAUGAGUUGGUCCAGCCAAAAUUUGCCAGCCGACGGCCAUCACUCGUCGCAAAUGGAGUGGCAACGCAAAGAGCAAAUUUACAUGAAGAGCAUUGCGUAUUUCGACCGCGGCAAGUGCUGGGAAAAGGGGAUCCCGCUGUGUAAGGAGCUGGCCGACUUUUACGAGACUCGACUCUACGACUACGGCAAACUGUCGCACAUAUUGCGGAUGCAGGCCGCUUUUUACGACCACAUCCUGACGCAGUUGCGGCCCGAACCCGAGUACUUUCGCGUCGGCUUCUACGGCCAGGGAUUCCCGCUCUUCCUGCGCAAUCGCCUCUUCGUCUACCGGGGGCUCGAGUACGAGCGGAUCGGCGCAUUUACCCAACGGCUCCAGACCGAGUUCCCCACCGCCCACAUUCUGACCAAAAACACUCCGCCGGGCGACGUCAUCCUGACCUCGGAGGGCCAGCACAUCCAGAUCUGCAACGUCAAACCCGUGGCGGAGGACCAUCCGGUGUUCGACGCCGGACUCGUUGGUUUCCACGAAAAGAUUCGGAGCUAUUACCGCGUCAACGACGUCCGCCGCUUUCAGCUGGAUCGGCCCAUCCACAAAGGACCUGUUGAUCGAGACAACGAAUUCAAAAGCCUCUGGAUCGAACGCACUUGGCUCGUCACCGAGCAUCCAUUGCCGGGAAUUUUGCGCUGGUUCCAAGUGGUCGACCGCCACGUCGAAGAAAUCGCUCCGGUCCAGUACGCUUGCGAGACGGUCUUGUCGGUCAAUCGCGAAUUGCAGCAGCUGGCCUCGUUGCACGCCGCCGAACCUCGCCGGAACAUCAAUCCGUUCAGCAUGCGACUCCAGGGCGUCAUCGACGCCUGCGUCAUGGGCGGAAUCGCUAAAUACCAGGAGGCUUUCUUCAAUUCCGAUUUCCUGGCCAGCCAUCCUGGACACCUGGAACACGUCCUCCAACUGCGCCAGUGCAUCGUCGAACAGGUGCGCAUUCUGGAGGCUGGAUUGGCCCUUCACGGCAAAUUGGCCCCACCGGAAGUCCAGCCGCUUCACAAGAGGCUGGUCGAGUGUCUGACCCAGAUGAAACAGCGGCUAAAAGAGUGGGGAUUCCCUUCGCCGGACACUGGAGCUCGCUACGCCAAUAGUCAUGGGCCGUCGGCUGUAGCCCAUCAUCACCGACGGGCCGAUAGCGACGCCGGAAUCGAGUACAGCCCGGCCAAGGUGAACAGCAGCAAUCCAUUGCUCAACACGUCACUGCCGAUGGUGUCGGACCGCAUGAAAGCCCAGCGGUCGUUGACGGCCGGCGGCCCGCCCAGCAAUCGCUCCUCGAGUUCCAGCAGCAGCUUGUACGGCCAUCUAACGGUGGGCGAAGUGGGCAGUGAAGACGAGGAGGACCUUUACUGUAAACCGUCGGAAAUCCUGGAAAAAUUACAAGCGGCCAGUGCAGCUGGAUCGGUUCCACUCCAGCCGAUCUAUUCAACUUCGACGACGCCCAGGUCGACCGUCACCAACGUCAGCCGGGCCAAAUCUCCCCGCUGGGCCAACGAGUACAUCUUCUUCAGUCCGGCCUCUUUGCGGGAUUCCGGAUUCGGGACGGACCGCGAAUCUUUGAGUUCCAACAAUCCCAUCAAUUCGAUGACAAUCACCCGAACGCCGUUGAGCAGUAAAAUCUCGCAGACGAGCCUCGCCCAGCAAUCCCGGCACACUCUGUCCUCGCCCAACGUGCACGACACGGUGGAUUCGACUCCGAGCCGGACUCCUCCGCGCCAAACUGCACCGCCUCUACCCCCGAGAUCCUCGAAAUCCUCGUUCGACGAAUCGUUCGCCGGCGGAUGCGAUGCGUCAUCUCCGCCCCCCAUCCAUCCCAAGCGAGUGCCAAAGAAAGGCUCAAUGAUCCCGUCCAAUCUCAUGAUGUCGCCGGAAGCCAUCGAAGCCGGAACGCUGCGACACCACCGACCGCCUCCGGCUCCUCCUCUGCCUCCGAAAUCCGGAUGCUCGGCCUCUCCCAUGUCGACGCCAAUGACGCUGACACCGGGUCCUGUGUCGAGCGGUCCGCCUCCGGUUCCGCCGCACGGCCGGCCGGCCAUCAACAACAGCACUUCGUUUUCGAAUCCGCUGGAUCUCGGCAGCGGGAGCGGCAGCUUAGUCGACGAAGUGUGCAGCUUGUUGGCAGCUUCCGGCUGCCGGAUGAUGUCCAACGGCAGCCCCAAGAGUCCUAGUCCUCCCGCAUCGCCCCCACCUCCCCUUCCGAUCCUUCCGCCACCCGACGAAUCUCUUUACUCUGUCGAAACCGCUUGAAUUUAAAUUUUAGUAAUAUCUGAGCAGCUUGGAUUAGUCAGCUCGCCACAGUGACCGACAGAAUGUCAAAUCAAAUCAACAUCACUAUACAUCAUUUACAUAUACUCACACACACACACACCCGACGUUCAUCCAAAGAAGAAAAAAAAAAAUCUCCGUUGCAUUGUGUAGAUCCUAUUUUCCUAUAUUAGUUCAGCAGUAGUAAUAAUAAUAACUAUUUAUUUCAUUUUUUUGGUUUUUUCCCAAUGAAACUAUACUCAUAUCAUAUACUAUUCCUUUGACGUUCCGUAUCGGAUCUUUCCUCCUCUCCUAUUAGGCAUCAACGUACAUAAACGUAGCGCUGUGUCUAUAUUAUAUAUGCCAUGUCGAGUAUUAUCAAUGGAGUUAACGUAGAGCGUUCCUGUCUCUUGUGUGUGUUGACAUAUCACAAUAAUCUGAGUGUCUGAGUGUAGUCUUCCAUUUCUAUAUAUUCCUUCGACAGAUUCUUUGACUUCUCCUGACGGAAGAACAUUUCAAAAGAAAAGAGCGAGUUCAUGCAUAAUUUUUUGUUUGUUUUUUUUUCUGUUCUUUUUUUAUCUUGAGUUUUGAAGCUUUUUUCCAUCAAUCAAUCACGGAUCACGACGACAUUCACUUGUGGAUUGAGAGUCGCUUCGUUUUUUGGAUGCAAUUCCCAACAACGUGAUUCUCAUCAUGUCAUUUCAAAGAACUUAUUAUCAAAAAAAGAUUUUAUGUAGAUGUGUCCAUGAUUAGAAAUAAACGAUGACAAUGA